CUGACCUGGCGAGAAGCUUGGCAAACCAUGGCAGAAGACCCACAGCCGGCUGCUCCCGCGGCCGCACCCACGGCCGCGGAGGGCAAGACGCUGCGGUGGCAAAUCGGAUCGUCCGCUCUGCAGGUCCUCGAGCAUGUCUACACCAUGGAGCCCUUCCCAGGCCUCGAGACGCGCAGAGACCUCGCGCGGCAGCUGAACGUGUCGGCGCGCCAGGUGCAGGUCUGGUUCCAGAACAAACGACAGCGCGAGCGCAAGAUCUCAAAGCAAAUGGGCCUCUUCUCGACGCCCGGACUGCCAGACACCCCCGCCACCACCGCCGCCAAGGCGGCGGCUUCUGCAGGCAACUCUGGGGGCGGGGCGGGGAGCAGCAGCGCCGACGGAAAGGCGGCCGGCGACGGCGGCGGCGCGGCGGCGCCGGCGGGGACGGAGGCAGUGGCGGCGGCGGCGGCGGCGGCGGCCGCUGCCGCCGCCGAAGCAGCCGCAGCGGUGGCAGCACGGCAGGGCGGGGCAGGGGAGGCUCGGGGCGGGCAGAGCGAGUCCACACCGAUGAGCCGAACCGAUUCGGCGCUGAAAAUCAACGAUGUUUUGGACCUGUUCACCGAGCCUGGCGCCGACAAGGCCGACAAGGCCGACUCGCCACUCGAGAGCGAGUCGGCAGUGGUCAACGCUUUCCUCGACCUCGCCUGAUCGGACAGAAAUCAUAGGACGUCACGGUGCAUCACGCCUACUGAGUGAGCGGUCGCCGCCCCAUUCGACAUCCUCUCGCUCCCUCUCCAGCCGAGCUGCUGCACGCGCAUGCGGGGCACGCACCGUGAGGUGCGGGAGGGGGAGGAUGGAGAUUUGCCGCGGCGGGCGACUCUCUCCGUGUUGUGCGCCGCGCUACCCGCGG